GUGUGUGAAAAGAUGGCGGUACUUUGAAAACAUUGCGGUUUAGUUAUGGUUGAUCAUCAAUAAUUCUGAUCAUAUUUAUUGUACAGGAUCACCAAUUAUUGAAGGGUGCAGCCCUCGAUCAACUGCCAUGAGAAACCUGUUGACUCCAAGCAAUGUCUCAACACUGCAGUCAUUCCAACCAGGAACUCAAAAUGCUUUAGAGAAAGUAGAAGUUGCCGGCAUCCAUGCCGGUACAAGCAAAAAUGGAAAAGCAACAUGGCUGUACCAUGGACCCUCCCUUGAAGUCAUCUCAACCAACACUAGAGAUAGACUGGCUUCUUGGCAGUUUGGGGCUGUGUUGAAAGAUACAGGUACAUUCAUUACUAGUGUCAAGGAACUCAGCUAUGAAGGGAGGCUCAAGCUAGUGGUGGGUCUGCACACCUCCGGACAGGGAAUGGUGUGUUUGCUGGACAUUGCCUCAUCACAAGUGGUCAAGGCUGUGGAACUACCAUACCAGGUGACGAGUGUUGAGACCGUGCUGUCCCACGGUGGAGUUGGAGUCCCGGAGUGGGCCAUCAGCGAACAGAUGAGAUGCUUCUAUGGCAUUGUGGCAGUUGGGACGCAAGGGGGAUAUGUCUACCUCAUAGAUAUGAACCUGGAUGAUGAUGAGGAGACGUCGGAUGAGGUCAGUCCUCGCAGCCUCUUCUUCAUCACGCCUCGGUGUCGCAAUGUGAAGGACACACGGAAGGAGGCUCUGUCUAGAUCUCAGCAUCUGUGUCUGGUGCUUGAUGAAAAUUCUCAUUCCAAGGGAGAGUUCUGUUUCCGUCGUCCUGAUGACUCCAUUGUGAAAGACUACAGAACAGAUUCUAUCAGUAUCACAUGCCUGAAGUACAUCCCCCAAGAUGGCAACCUGGCUGUUGGGUUCAGCUUCGGAGGCUUCCAGCUGUGGAAACUGUAUGCCCCAGUCAUGGAGUACUCAAGUCGUCUUGAAGCAGAACCAACAGCUGUCUCUCACAUUCUGUACCAGGAACCGGAGAACGACCCCAAGAACUUCUGCUACAUCUGGGUGGGCAGAGACAACUCUGUCGUCAAUAUUGGACAAGAGAGCAUCAGCACAAUCUCCCUGUAUCAGCUGAGUUAUGGCAAGAAGACGUUUUAUGCCAACUAUGGCGUGUUCUUUGAGGAGUUGCACUCGGUGUGUCUGCGUAUCGAGCACAACCUCGCCGACGACCCAUACAGCAGCAGCACCAAGUCCACGUGGAUGAGCCAGAUAGUGUCGUGCUACACUCUCACCAACCCACUCUACUCUCCACCCACACUCCUGCAUGACAACGAGUCCUUCGAAGAAAGUAGCCACGGCCCGGACCUGAGCCUGUGUGUGUUUGUAUGGGAGGUACAGGACAACAGCCCGGGGGACAAGUCACUGUACCACCUGGGGAUGUUCGACAUGAACAGAUGGUACCAUGCCCAGAUGCCAACAUCCAUCAGGAUACGAGAGUCGACGAUGGACCUGUGUUCUUUCUUCGCUGUGUAUCAACUGGGUGAACUGUGCGACCUCGCUAACCCUGAUGCCUUGCUUCACCUGGAGGUGAAGCCGGACUCCCUCAAGAGGUACAUCAACAACUCCCCACUCACCCCAGAACAACACUUCUACCCCACCGCCCUGGCGUUCGAUGCUGUGUGUAUAUUUGAAACUGGCACGAUAUCUGCCCAGUUUCGUGGACGACAGAGACAGGUGUUGUACGACAUGGAAGCCAAAGGACCCUCGUGUCUCCUGCAGCCACAGGACGUCUACAACAUCUGUCUGUGCACCGGUCUACUGCCUCGCGACCUCACAGCUCACACCACACCUGCAGCUCAGCAGCGUCAGACAUUACUCAACAUGGCGCUGGACCACUCAAUGAUCAGGUUUAUCAACUGUUGUAUCACAGCCUGGGCAGCGGGAGAGUUCGUGCAGCAAGGUUGUACUCUGAAGUUCCUCCUGGACUGGGCGUGGGACAGAGUUGCUUCCACCAAACACAACAUUGACACUGUGUGUGCUCCUCUGUAUGACUGGUCAGGUAACCAUGCCGACCACCGGCUGCUCCAGGUACUGAACAGGUCAAAGGUCACCUUGCAUCACCUGCGGACCAUCAUGGCUGAUUUGGGCGUGGUGGAGCUAGAGACAAGGCUGAACGUCAUCCAGUUCCUCUCCCAGCAUCUGCAGAUAGUUCUCUGGUUCAUCGAUGCUGGUCUGCUGCCAGAGUGUGACGAAAUCGGUGAGGAUGUGGAGGGUCUGUACCGCUUCCCAGCUGGGAACCUGACCCAGGCCUUCAGUUCACGCCGGGCCGAGAUACAGAAGCUGCACAGCGAGAUCAACCCGACUGAGCUUCUGCUGAUCGAUGGCUUGGUCAGCUGUUGUGGGGAUGCCAUCCAUGACCUGUGGGAGGGGGACGGAGGGAGUGGCCUCUACCCACCCCCCAGUCUGCAUGCGCUGUUGAAUGUGUACCUGUUGGAGGACGUGAGUAUCGGGGUGAAGCAUUCCAUAGUGCUGUACCUGCUGCUGGACCUGGCAUCACUCGUAGAGGAGCAUCGGCAUGAACAGUUUGCUGACAAGAUUGCCAAAUUUGCCAAGUCUUUCUCUCUUCCCCUGUCUGUGGUGAAGCAGAUCCAGGCCUUCUGGUUGUUGGAUCACAAGGACUUUGAGGAGGCGUUCCUCCACCUGCUCCACCCAAUGGCCAACCUCCAGCUGGGACAGUGGCAGCAGGGCCGGGUCAUCAAGUCUCUGCUGUUUCAAGGGGAGAGCAAGUUGGCCCUACGUUACAUCAGCCUCCGCAACGUCACGGUGAUGUCGCAGGAUGAGGUGAAGCUGAAGCUGACGGUGCUGCUGGCUAAUGGGCUGAUCACAGAAGCGUUCGAGUACCAGCGGGCUUGCAGGGAUAAAAACAACAUGGCCGACCUCCUGAGUCAUCUGUUUCUUGGCUGCCAUCAAACACACACGAUAGACCAGCUGCUGCAGCUGCCGCUGAGUGACGUAGAGGAGCGCCACCUACAGAACUACCUGCUGGAGAGUUCGGAGCCCCACUCGGCGGAGCUGCUUGUCAUGCACUAUCUACAGCGGGCUCGGUACAUCGAGGCCAUCCGACUGAAUGAGAAGAUCAAACACCGAGUAAUGACCGAGACCAGCGCCAGGGCCAGGGAGAGGGCGGGAGCACGGAACUCAAUUGUCGAUGGAUUCUUCCGCACACUGCCUGCCCCACAGAAGAAGCUUGUCGGCGACCACCCAAGCGUACCCAGAAAAAGUCUUGGGAAGAGAAUCGAUGUGAGACGGCCGAAGCCCUUGUCUACAGUUGUCACCCAGUCGGAGAGGUCAAAGGUUGUUUCCCACUCCAGCCUCAUUCUGGCGAUGAUGGAAAAAGUACAGGAAGUGAAGCAAUAUCAGGAAUCCCCACAAAGGGAGGAGGAGAAGGAGAGUGACCUGGGGCCCUUUUUAUGUACACCUAUCACUCCCCGGGAAAAACUGAGAUUAAGUGAGGUCCAGGACGUGGUGUACCCAACCCGAAUGUGUGGAUCUGCGUCAGACAAACAGAACUUGUCGGUGUAUCAAAUUACCAGGGACCCUGCAGUCCUCAACUCUCCCCUGUCUGUCAACAAGUCACUGAAGGAGACACUCCAGAGUAAGAAGAAGUCAAGGUAUUCAAUUGCCGGAUCAAUGUCACUGCUCCAGACGCCGAAGGUCCGCAGGAAGUCGCCGUCACGGAUUUCCAUGCCCUCUACACUCCGCACGCCGCAGUCGAUACUCAAAGUGCGGAGACUCAUCACUAAGUCCCCCAGCCCUGCUUCCAGUACCUUAGAUGUUUCCGACAAGACUCCGACCGGAGUACAUCGGCCUAAGCGGCUUGGGUUUGCAGAGAAGCUAUCUGCAGGUGUCGCUGCCAAACUGAAACAGACAGCUUCCGUCCCCAACACGCCCAAACAGUUGUCCUUUGCUGACCUGCCCGGCUCGUCUGGACGGCAGUCAGCGUCAGGGUCCGUGGCAUCAACACCCAAACAUCUCCGCUUUGUGGAGCCGACUAUAAUUGAUGAUGAACGGACGCCGGUCAAGAAGAGGCUUGUGCCCCCACCAUCGCCGCCCAGUCCUCGGUCAGUCAAGAACAGGAGUCCCACGCCAGAAAGCCUGUCUCCCAAGAUGGCUGCACGCAUGGACAGUUUGAUACGCCCCUCGAUACGAACUGACCGACAACGUGGGGCUGAUGACAUUGCCGACCCUGCUAAUGAUGACGUAGAUGAUGACAUCACCUUCAACUUUAACCCCGCUGAUUCAGACGAGAUGGAAAUCGAUGAUGACGCCCCCACACCUCCUGAUUUGUCGCCAUCAGUGCCCACGACGGCGAAGGACCAGCGAGGACCUGAACCCAGUGUCCAGGCAGUGCCAGGUUCACUCCGGGAAGUGGAGGUGGUGCAGGAGCAGCAGGAGGAGGAACCUGCCGAUGAGGAGGAUGUUGUAGACCUUCCCGAAGAUGAUGACAUGGAGGCUGGGCCUCAGGUUGUCAUGGAAACAAGGCCUGUUGAAGCUGAGCCGUGUGUUGUGCGUGAGACACGGGCAGACAGUACUGAGGAUGUGGGUGCGGACGAGGACGAGCUGGAUCUGGUAGAGGGGGAGAUACGGAUGGAGGAGGAGGAGCAUGCUGGAGAGGCCGAUGUCACAUCGACUCAAGUGGAUGAUGGGGAGGACUUUUCUCCAGACACAUCUGGGGAGGUUGAAAUCAGGACAUCCCCAGCUCGGUCCACUAGGUCCUCCCCUGCCAGGUCAUUGAGGGAAUCCCCUGCUAGGUCAUUGAGGGAAUCCCCUGCCAGGUCAUUGAGGGAAUCCCCAGCAAGGUCAUUGAGGGAAUCCCCAGCUAGGUCAUUGAGGGAAUCCCCAGCAAGGUCAUUGAGGGAAUCCCCAGCUAGAUCAGUGAGGGAAUCCCCUGCUAGAUCAACUAGAUCAUCACCUGCUAGAUCAUUAAGGGAAUCUCCUGCACGGUCUUUAAGAGAGUCCCCUGGAAGAUCAUUAAGGGAAUCACCAACUAGGCCAUCAAGGGAAUCCCAAGAACGAUCACAAGAGUCCCCAGCAAGGACAUCAGCAUCUCAAGUCUCAAGGGAGUCUCCACAACCGUCAUCACCAGGAGCAUCACCAGGAGCAUCACCAGGAGCAUCACCAGGAGCAUCAUCAGAGCAAACAGAAGAAGCAAGAUCCAGAUCUCCCAGAAAGGAUUCUCCAAGGAGACGGGAACAGCCUUGGUUGAAGAUGGAGUCUCCUAUCAAAGUGUUCGAUGAGUUGUUUGGCGAAUCCCCUGGCAAAUCAACACGCAGUGCAACUAAGAAGAUUACUGAUGGAGUGAGUGCUGUGACUGCCACAGAGGUUUCUUCCACCAGCAGAAGAACAUCCAGAGAUACCCUUCAGCUCUCACCAUCGAGACAAUCAAAGAAAGCCGAGACUGCACUUGAAGAGAGUUCUCCAGAGAGAUCCAAGUCUGCCUCACCAGGUCGUAGGGCAUCAAGACAAACAGCCAAACCUUCCCCCACUGGAAGAAAGUCACAGAAAGAAAAUGAGAUUUCUCCAGUGAGGUCCAUGGAUGAUGAAGCUGAUGCGCGAGCAAUGUCAGCAUCCCCCAGUAGGAGAUCCUCCAAGGCUGCUGCGAGGGCCUCCCCUGGGAGAAGAAAAUCUAAGAAAGAGGAUCUCCUUCAUGCUUCUCCAGAAAGAGCAAGUUCCACAUCUCCUGCAAGACAAACCUCCACUCGGGCUUCCCCGUCAAGAAGAAAGCCUGUGAAAGACAAGGUAGAAGCUUCAUCUCCACCAAGAGGAGGAUCAGCAUCUCCGACUCGCAGGUCAUCAAGAUCAGCAGCUCAGAAGUCCCCGGCUAGAGGAGGAAGGGGCCUCCGGGAGGAGGAGGGUGUGCCUGAGGAAUCAUCUGAGAAAGUCCUGGAGCCACCAGCUCCAUCACCAGGGCGAAGGUCAGCUCGGAAACAGCCUUCCCUCCCCAAAUCACCAGGCAGAAAAGGAAAGGUGACAAAUAUUGAAGAGGCAGUACAAGCAUCACAGAAAACUCCGGAGAAGACUGAGGAAGUAGCAUUGGUCAAGUCUCCAGCCCGGUCAACACGGUCUCGAGGGGGGUCAGUGGACAAAACUGAGGCAUUAGCAGGAGUAGAGUCCUCAGGCAGAUCAACACGGGCUCGGGGAGGGUCUGUUGAGAAGACCGAGGAAUUAGCAGUGGUUGAGUCCUCAGGCAGAUCAACACGGUCUCGGGGAGGGUCUGUUGAGAAGACCGAGGAAUUAGCAGUGGUUGAGUCCUCAGGCAGAUCAACACGGUCUCGGGGAGGGUCUGUUGAGAAGACGGAGGAAUUAGCAGUGGUUGAGUCCUCGGGCAGAUCAAGAAGGUCUCGAGGAGGGUCUGUGGAGAAGACCGUGAAGGCAUCAGGAGGUCGGAUGAAGAAGCAGAUGUCGCAAUUGAAGGAAGUCGAGGAGACACAGGAGGAAGCCAAGCAGCCACUUUUCAUCAACACUGACCUGUCUGACUCUGAAGUUGGCCCGGUGUCUCCGAUCCGACGCUCACCUCGUCUGAUGAUGAAGACGCUUUCCAAGCAGCUGACUGACAGCGAGGGGGAGGGGGAGACGGAGGUACUUCACUUCGACACCGAGGCUUCCAAGAGGAGGUCGACGAGGCGAACAGCAGCUCAGAAACAGAAGGAAGAAAGUGCUGUGUUUAAGUCUCCUCCCCGACCAUCCCGAGUCAGUGCCCCUCUUACACCCCCGGAGUCCGGCAAAGACUCCCCAGAGAAGGUGGAGGAGACAAAGUCACGACGUAAAUCUCCAGCCAGGAAGUCUGUGGCCUCUGCUCGCCACUCUACCAGGAUAAGGUCCAAAGAUGUUACCAUGGAAACACAAGAACCAGUUGCUGACAAGUCAGAAGCUGCUGCUGCUGCUGCCGCCAACACCUCGUCUUCCAGCUUCCAGUUCUCUGAGCCUAUGUCUCUGGAGCCAGAACUACAGGCGAGACUCCGAGAACCAGGAACACCCGUCAAGAAUUUCAUCUUCUCCCCGCCAAUACAGAGGAAGAGGUCAGCACCUGUCGCCAAGGAGGAUCCGCCAACACCAGUUACCUCCCUUCUCCCACCUCCCACAGUGGCAGACGACGGAGCAGGACCUUCACGGAAACCAAAGACUAGGAAAGCAGUCAAGAAGGAGACAAGCAAGAAGAAGAAGAUUGUAGAGCCUCCCCACAGUUCGCCCAGCGACAGCCCGAUAAACUUCGUGAGCCCCGCCCCACGACGCCGAGUGACGAGAGCAAUGCAGGACAGGGAAUCUUCAACAUUGGAGUCGACAUCAACUGCAGAAGUGACUGCAGUGUUCAAGCGUAAAACACGGAAGAAGGUGUCAAGAUUAUACUGAGUGCUGUCAACGUGACCGAUAUGGACUUGAAUUUAACUCAUCAGUGUUAUUCACUCGGUACAGAGGAUUCAACAGCUUUUUUAAAGAAUUUGUCAAAGAGAAAACAUUUUGGCCUAUGGUCAUUUGAGUUCAAGAUACGUCAAAGUAUUGUUUCAAGCUUGUAUGAUUUAAUGACUUGUAUGAUAGCAUUGGCAUCUCCUGGGUACAGGGCAGAGGCCUGGUUUUCUAGUUUGCUGUAUAAGCUAAAGUGUGAAUUCAGUAGGCACAAUGUACCUGAUAAUAAAUAACAUGUGACUGAUUGACAAGCUUCAAAUCUCAGUGGUUGAACUCUGGUGGGGGGAUGGAUACUUUUUGGAAAGUUUUGGACAAAUUGUUCAUCAUUGUUCGAGACAGUCACCAGAUGUUUUUGUUAAAAGAGCCAAGGCUAAAUUAUAAAUUCCCCCUAUCCAUGUCACAUGCCCCCUUCCCCAGAAUAUCCGGAUCAGUCCUUUGAUGGUGUACCUCGGGCAACACCCUAUUUCACUGAUCACAUGUCAGGUGCUAAGUGAUGUUUUGGUACCAGGAACUGAUCUUUCUCUGAAGAACUAACAGGGUGAAAACAGGAUAGAUAGAUGACAGACAUCUUGUAGAGUGGGCGAAUUCUUGGGAUAGAAUCAUGUGCAACUUCCAAAGUUUGGCCAGUUAGUAUGGUGAAGUGACUGAUGACUGUGUACUGGGAGACCGUGUGAAUGGACAAGUGCUUUUUGUACAGUGAUGUUUGUUUGAAGAUUUGCAUUUAGAGAAAUACGCUGUGUGGUAGGAGUCUUCUACAUACAUCAUUAGGAUGAUGAUAGUAAUGAUGAUGAUGAUGAUGAGGAUGAUGAUUAAGCGAGUGCUGUUAAAGGACCUGCUUCGGCACAUGGUACUGAGAAAUAUCAUCACAAUCAGAUGUUUUACUGCAUACGAUCAUUCUCCGCAUGAAGACCUGAAGAUGCCUCUAGAAGGUUGCAUGUUGUGUUCGUUGUUGAGCCAAGCAAAUGUCAGCUUUUUCUGUCAGUUACACUUUGUGUCUACUCUGCACAAUAUAUUACCAACUUUUUGAAUUUGGAAAUCGCAGAUCGUAUUUGUGUUGGGCUUCCACAAGAGAUACGCAAACAGCUUAACAUUUCUUUUGUUACUCGUGCCAAGACUUUUGAAACAUCAACACUCAUUGGCUGAUUAGAAAAUUCGACUGGCAUGUUGCCCAGGAAUAUCCCACAGCGAGGGGUCAUGCAAGGGCAUCAAAACUGAGGAUACAGAAUGGAGAGAGUGUUUGUGUUUAGAAGCUUGCAGAGAUUGGAUGGUAUGUAUUGGGAUAUACCUGGUGGGUAGGUUACACAGAGGGUUAUUCAAAAUUUCAACCAACUGAAAAAAUCUGGCUUAUUAUGUGAGCAUGUUUGUAAUUAAAUAGGUUAAAUAGGUCAGUUACAUUCCAUACACAAUUCCUAAUUAAUCCCACAUUUGGUAUAUAAUCUGAAAGAGCCAAGAGAUGUUUUGCAGAAAGAGACUACCCGGUACCUUACGGUAUGGGGGUGGUACGUGAUAACUCAUUAGGCACACAUGUAACCCGUCUGAUGGUUACAGAACUGUAACUGAGAUUCCAUAUUGGAUGCAGUGGCUCUCAGCACCAUCACCCACGGAGCUGUUCCAGCGUCAGCCAUCACCCGUGGCGCUGUUCCGGCUGAAGCUGUUGACACGGUAUUAAGGAACGUUGUAAAGGGAAUGACUGAUCAUCAAAGGUUGGAUGCUUUUUGGCAGAAUCUGAAGUGUGCAUUGUGAAAUAAUGAUUUUUGUAGUUUAUGAAAUAUGGAGAUUAAGAACUCACUCAGUAUGGAAUCCCCACAUGGGUACAAUGUGUGAAGCCCAUUUCUGGUGUACCCUGCCGUGAUAUUGCUGAAAUAUUGCUAAAAGCGGCGUAAAACCAUACUCACUCACUCAGUAUGGAAUCCCCACAUGUGUCUAUGUGUGAAGCCGAUUUCUGGUGUACCCUGCCGUGAUAUUGCUGAAAUAUUGCUAAAAGCGGCGUAAAACCAUACUCACUCAGUAUGGAAAGGAAAAAGUAUUUCUUCAGUUAUUAUAUAUAUUUUAAGCAAGAAGAAAGGUCAUGUAGAAUAUUCUUUUCAUUCUUAUUGUUUUGGUUUCUAAGUUAUGAGAUAAAAUUGUUACUGCCAAAUUAUUGAAAAACAACACAGGAAAUAUGUUUGUGUUUUAGUAAAAAUAAUUUAUUUCCUUCUGUUGUGAUGUGUAAUUUGAAAUUAAAAAAUCUGAAUGUAUUUUAGUAUCGAUUAGAUUAUUGGUUUGCAAACUCCAUUUUAUAAGAUACCGAGAAAUAAUUUUAACUAAAUAGAUGCUGAGAAGGUCAAAUAAUGAAUGAUGAUGACUCUGAGAUUUAGAUAAGUUUCGGCUAAGGUGCUAGUAGCUGAAGUUGGAAUGUAUUGGUUUGGUUGUUAAAUGGAAAUAAAAUCGUUUUUAUUUAUUAUCUGAUUUACUAAGAACUAAGGUGUGAGUUGUAUAAGUUAAGAUGUUAUGUGUUAAUGUGAGUCACAAUGAGGUUGGAUGUAUGUGAAACUGUAAGCCUGUAUUAUGGCAGGAGCUGUACAUUUGAAAACAUUCUGUAGUGUGACGUUGUGGAGAAUGUAUUGUAUACAUAGUGUUCACUGGACCAUGUGCUGUAACUCGCUGAUAUUUGUAAAUUGUAAACGUGUUUGUCUCUGAUGUAUGUAUCAAAUGUGUAUGGAAUAAAAGCCACAUUUUCCUAAA